GCCAAAUUGAUAGAUUCCCGGUGGUCGGCGGAACCGCGGCCACGAGAACGAAGAGCUUUUCACACUACCUCCGAUGGUGUUCUCUAUCUCUCUCCUCUCUUCGACCACUUCGCUCACCACAUGGGCGAAUCAAUUAAGCUCUCAGUCUGGUAGUGCACCGAGAGAUUCGACAUGGCAAUAUGGUGUUUGUUUCCGUAAUCAGAAACGCAAAACUAAGCUCUACUUGAUUCCCGCCCGCCAUUUUUUAUUGACUCCAAUUGAUUCAGUCACCUCCUCAGAAAGUGCUUCAGUUCAUGCUACUUCUGGCGUUUCUGAAGUUCAAAGGUCUACUUCAAGCAACAAUGUUCAUGAGAUGGAAGAGUUUGAGAUGGAGUUGCAAGAGUUGUUCAAUGAAGUCAAGGCUAUGGUGAAGAUUGGUAAGGAAAGAGAUGCAGUGGACCUACUUCGAGCGAAUUAUGUUGCUGUGAAAGAAGAAAUGGAUUCCGGUUUGAAAGGUAUCGAACAAGCUGCUGUACUUGACAUCAUUGCGUUGGGGUAUAUGGCUGUUGGAGACUUGAAACCUAUCCCGGCAUUGCUUGAUAUGAUAAACAAGAUUGUUGAUAAUUUAAAAGACUCCGAGCCUCUUUUGGAUUCAGUACUUAUGCAUGUUGGCAGUAUGUAUUCGGCAAUAGGGAAGUUUGAAAACUCUAUACUCACGCAUCAAAGGGCUGUUCGUAUAUUAGAGAAUAGAUACGGUAAAGGCAAUACUUUACUUGUCACACCAUUACUUGGUUUGGCAAAGAUUUUUGCUUCUGAUGGAAAAGCCACUAAAGCGAUUGGUGUUUAUGAGCGUACGGUGACUAUCUUGGAACGGAAUAGAGGUUCUCAAAGUGAGGAUCUAGUGAUGCCGUUAUUUUCCCUCGGUAAACUUCUGCUCAAAGAAGGUAAAGCUGCUGAAGCAGAAAUUCAUUUUACCAGGAUUGUAAAUAUAUACAAGAAGAUAUACGGAGAGAAAGAUGGAAGAGUUGGCAUGGCCAUGUGUUCCCUUGCUAAUGCUAAGUGCUCAAAAGGCGAUGCAAAUGAAGCCGUUGAUAUCUACAAGAACGCUCUACGAAUAAUCAAAGAUUCAAUGGCAAUAGACAACAGUAUCUUGGAAAACAUGAGGACAGAUCUUGCUGAGCUGCUUCAUUUUGUUGGAAGGGGAGAUGAAGGACGAGAGUUACUAGAAGAAUGCCUAUUAAUAAACGAGAGAUUCAAAGGGAAAAACCAUCCUAGCAUGGCUACACAUCUUAUAAACCUUGCAGCAUCUUAUUCGCGUUCCAAGAAUUAUGUGGAGGCAGAACGAUUGCUAAGAACUUGUUUGAACAUCAUGGAGGAAUCAGUCGGUUCAGAAGAUCAGUCCAUAACCUUUCCAAUGCUAAAUCUUGCAGUCACUCUUUCUCAGUUGAACCGUGAUGAGGAAGCUGAGCAAGUAGCCUUAAAGGUUUUACGCAUCCGUGAGAAGGCAUUUGCCAAAGACUCUCUCCCUGUUGGAGAGGCUCUGGACUGUUUGGUGUCGAUCCAAGCGAGAUUAGGAAGAGACGAUGGAGAAAUACUGGGAUUGCUGAAAAGGGUUAUGAUGAUCCAAGAGGAAGAGUUUGGUUCUUCAGCUGAAGAACUCAUUGUUACUCUCCAAAAGAUUAUUCAUUUCUUGGAAAAAUUGGAGAUGAAAGAUGAGAAAUUUAAGUUUAGAAGAAGAUUAGCUUUGCUUAGAGAGAAACACAAGCAGAGUCUUAGCUUCUAGAAUAUAGUUAUCUUACUCUCUUUAAUAAGCUAAGAUUAAAUUAAUUGAUCUAUAUGUCGUGUUUCUUGAGUUUUGUCUAUUAAA